GCUGCCGCCGCCCCCGCCAGCAAGCCGCCUUCAGCACCGGGCGGCGGCGGACAGCUCCCGGGCAGCGCGCACGGGCCCAGCACGCCGAGGAGACCGGAGCAGCUGGACCAGGCGCCUGCCCAGCGCUCGGCAUCCCCCUCCCUGGCACAGCCUGCGUCCCGGUCCCCGAGCCCCCGGGAGAUGAGGGGCCGAGGCCAGCCUGGCCCGCCGGCAGAGGGGCAGCGGAGGAUGCUGCAGGUGGACAGCAGGACCCAGGGCCCGGGGAGGUCCCCCUCGGCCUCGCCGGACCGGGCCAGCACCCCCACCUCUCCCUACUCGCUGCCGCAGAUCGCCCCGCUCCCCAGCAGCACCCUCUGCCCCAUCUGCAAGACGACGGAGCUCACCUCCUCCCCUGGCCAGCCCAACUUCAACGCCUGCACCCAGUGUCACAGCAAAGUCUGCAACCAGUGUGGCUUCAACCCCAACCCGCAUCUCACCCAGGUGAAGGAAUGGUUGUGCUUGAACUGCCAGAUGCAGCGGGCGCUGGGGAUGGACAUGACCACUGCUCCUCGCUCCAAGAGCCAGCAGCAGCUGCACUCUCCUUCGCCGUCCCCCUCCCAGUCCCCGGCCAAGCACCCGCCGCCCCCGGCAGUGGAUAAGUCCCCCCCAGCCCCCCGUGCCCCGCAGCCUGAGCCACCCAAGCCUCACCCCACCACGCCGCAGAGGGAACCGCACGGCCAAGGCCAGCCAAAACCUCCGGAGGCAGCCAGGUCCUCCCCGCAGCAUCAGCAAGCCAAGCCUUCUUCCUCCGAGCAGAGAAAGACAACAGGAGACACGGGGGUGAAGCCUGCUGCCCCGGCCCCUGGGCCUGGAGCCCAAGAGCAGCCCCAGGAGGGUCUCACAGGGAAGAUCUUUGGCUUUGGGGCAUCCCUCCUGACCCAGGCGAGCACGCUCAUGUCUGUCCAGCCAGAGGCCUCCCCUCCCAGCCAGCCCUCUCCUGGCAAAGUGCCUCCAAAAAUAGUCUUCAGCGAUGCCAGCAAAGAAGCUGGUCCCAAAGCCCCAGGGGCGCAGGGCCGGGCCGGUGCCGCCCCGGCAGCCAAGGCAGCCAAGCCAGAGCAGGGGGUCAAGCCAAAGGAAGUGCCGAAAGCAAAGGUCCUGUGCCCCCUGUGCAAGGCGGAGAUCAACGUGGGCUCCAGUGAGCCCCCCAACUACAACAGCUGCACCACCUGCCACCAGCAGGUCUGCAACAUGUGCGGCUUCAACCCCACGCCUCACCUGGUGGAGAAAAACGAAUGGCUGUGCUUGAACUGCCAAACUCAGCGGCUGCUCGAAGGCAGCCUCGGCGACCCUGCCCCGAUGCCGCUGCCCGCCCCAAAGCAGCCGCCCCCCGGCUCCCCGCGGCACCAGCCCCCGCCCGCAGCUCCGCAGCCCCGAGCGCCCGCGCCGGCACCCGCACCGGCACCCGCACCGCCGCCGGCAGCCCCGCAGCAGCAGCAGAGCCCCCCCUCGCCUGCCAGGAGCCUGCGGGCUGCUGAGCAGAGCCGCACCCCCAGCCCUGCCCCGGCGGAGAAGAAGCCCCCGGUGCCAGCAGAAGAAAAGCCGCUGCCCAAAGCUGCCCCGAAGCCUUCCAGAGCUCCUGAGAGCACCGUGCUGAAGGGUAAGAGUGUGACCCCCAAACCAGAGGAGGAGAGCAAGGAGAGCCGGGCACCCCCCGAGGCACCUCGGGCGAAGGAGCAGGAGGAUGGGAGCAAGCCUUACCUCCCGGACCUGUCCCGCAGCCCCCAGAGCCUGAGCGACACUGGCUACUCCUCUGAUGGCAUCUCCAGCUCACAGAGUGAGAUCACUGGCCUGGUGCAGCAGGAGGAGGAGAAGCUGAGUGGCACUGGGCUGGCUGGGCAGAGCCCCCCCAGCCCCUCUGAGCUCACCAAGCUGGAGAGCAGCAUGCGGCCCCUCCUGGAAGGCCGGGGUGCCCCACCAGAGACCACUGAGCGUGGCAAGGGUGGCCCAGAGUCACGGGAGGAGCAGCGGCAGCGACAGCGGCCACGGUACCUCUCCAUCACCCCUGAAGCCUUCGACUCAGAUGAGGAGCUAGAGGACAUCCUAGAGGAGGAUGAGGACUCACUGGAAUGGGAGAACCAGCGGGAGCGGCGAGAGAGCGCGGAGUCUUCGGAUGAGUUUGGCAGCAAGCUGCGGCACGACUACGUGGAAGACAGCAGUGAGGGGGGCUUCUCCCCGGUGCCCCCCCAGCCCAAGGGCCGGGAGGCAGAGGUGAGUGAUGAGGAGUUCAUGCGAAGGCAGAUCCUGGAGAUGAGCGCAGAGGAGGACAACCUCGAGGAGGAGGAGGAGGGCUACGGGCGCACCAAGUAUGGUGGCCCCAAAGCUGGGCAGAAGGCCGAGGUGGAGAAGGGCAAAGAACCAGCGUCAGCCAAACGGCGCCUGCCACACGGCCCUGGCAGCCUGUACAAGGAGGAGAGGAAGGAGGUAGAGGCGGCAGAGGGCGAGGACUUGAGCACAACCCAGGGGGGCCUGCGGCGCUUCAAGACCAUUGAGCUGAACAGCACAACUGGCUAUGGGCGGGAGAUGGAGAUGGGCCAGGAGGCAGACACCAGCCUGGACAGGGAGCCUGAACUGGAGAUGGAGAGCCUGACAGGCUCCCCCGAGGAGCGCUCCCGGGGUGAGUACUCCUCCACCCUGCCAGCCACGACACCCAGCUACACCUCGGGCACCUCGCCCACCUCCAUCUCCUCCCUAGAGGAGGACAGCGACAGUAGCCCCAGCCGCCGGCAACGGCUGGAAGAGGUGAAGCAGCAGAGGAAGGCUCGCCACCGCUCACAUGGCCCCUUGCUUCCCACCAUUGAGGACUCGUCUGAGGAGGAGGAGCUGCGAGAGGAAGAGGAGCUGCUGCGGGAGCAGGAGAAGAUGCGGGAGGUGGAGCAGCAGCGCAUCCGGAGCACAGCACGCAAGACCAAGCGCGACAAGGAGGAGCUGAGGGCCCAGAGAAGGAGGGAACGCUCCAAAACCCCCCCCAGCAACCUCUCUCCCAUCGAGGAUGCCUCCCCUACUGAGGAGCUGCGGCAGGCAGCAGAGAUGGAGGAGCUGCACCGCUCCUCCUGCUCUGAGUACUCACCCUCCAUCGACUCCGAGGCUGAGAGCUUUGACGCUGUGACCUCCAAGCUGUACAAGUCAGGCAGUGAGUACAACCUGCCCACUUUCAUGUCACUGUACUCCCCAACAGAGAAGGGGGAAAGUGGGAGCCAGCCUGCCAGCAAGCCUCUCAAGAGCGCUGAGGAAGCCUAUGAGGAGAUGAUGAGGAAGGCAGAGAUGAUGCAGAAGCAGCAGGUCCAGCAGGCCCAGCCAGCUGUUUCCUACGGCAGCACCUACCAGCAGGUCGGCUACCGUGGCACCGAGAGCCAGAAUGGCUUUGAAUUCCAGUACACCGAGGAGUACCAGUACGAUGGUGCCCCCAUGCGCCCCUCCCAGCCCAGCUAUCCGAGCACCCUGACGAAGGCAGGAGCAGUGUACCAGGAGAUCCUGCAGACCUCCCAGAGCAUCUCUAGGAUGCACCGGUCCUCCUCCUUUGACCUGGCCCUCGAGCAGGGGGAGAAGGCAAAGGGGCAGGUGGAGGCAUACCAGGAGAAGCACUUCCUCAACGCCGAGAGCGCCUAUGCUGACCUGAUGAAGCAGAAUGGUGGCCCACUCACCCCUGGCACCAGCCCCACACAGCUCUCCGCUCCUGUCUCCUUUGCCACCUCCGACAGCAGGACAGGCAAGGUCAUUCCUGACGUCCGGGUCACCCAGCAUUUUGCAAAAGAGGGGCAAGACCUGGCCAAGAGCACCCCAGCAGCGCCCAGCCUGGCAUCCAAGGCUGUCACCACUCCUUACACCUACAGCAAAGACAGCAAAGGUGCCAUCACGGUGACAACAGAGGCGGGUGGCCCCGGGAGCAUGGCACGGAGCUACAGCUCCCCAGCCCCAGAUGCCCCAUCAGUAGGCAGCAGAAGCUACAGUCCAGCAAAGAGCACCAUCAGCUACGGCUCACAGACAGAGGACAUCAGCAGAAGCAAGGCAGUGGUGGAGAUCAGUGUGCAGACAGCCAGGGAGAAGGUCCCAGCUGUGAGCGACAGCAAGCCCCCGCUGCCCAAAACAUACCCCUUCUUCAAGAGCUCCAGCCCUCCACUCUCGCCCACCUCCCCAACACAGAGUCCCACCCAAACAGCAAAGGCCACAGCAGAAUUUUCCACACAGACGCAGAGCCCCCUCCUCCCUUAUGAGGGUCCCACCACUGGCGCCUCUUCCCCCAUGGUGGCACAGGGGACGCAGACACCGCACCGGGCAGGCUCACAGCGCCUGACCCGGCAGCCCUCCUCGCAGGAUGCCCCUUUCAUGCUGAUCACGCUGGCAGCCGAUGCAGCCAGCCAGACCAAGCCGGUCAGCUCCAGCUCCCCGACAUCCCCCACCUCGUCCCCCACCCGGCCCAGCCAGCAGCUGCUAGCGCACGGCUACAGCCAAGUGCCAGAGCCAGAGCAGCCACCAGGCACCUACAUCAGGGCACAGCCGGUGAAGGAGCACACCCAGAAGGCACCCGCCGUGACUUCAGCUGCUGACAGCAUCGCAGGGCUGUACAGCUGGGGAGCACUCCCCGCAGAAAACAUCUCCCUCUGCCGCAUCUCCUCCAUCCCUGGCACAUCCCGAGUGGAGCCGGGGCCCAAGGCGCCAAGCACUAAUGCCGUGGACUUACGGACAGCGCUGAAGUCCGCCCCCAUCAUCAUAACAGACCAAGGCAUGGAUCUCACCUCCUUGGCUACCGAAGCCAGGAAGUACUGCCUGACCUUGGACCACAUCCCAAGCCGGCAGUCCACAGCCAUCCAGCCCUUGAUCAUCAACCUCAAUGCCCAGGAGCAGCCCCAUGCCAUCAUUGCGGCAGCCAGCACUGCUGGCCUGGCCAUCGCCUCCCCCAUGCUCCUCUCACAGGCCAAGCAGCCCGUGGUCUAUGGAGACCCUUUCCAAAGCCGGGUGGACUUUGGGCAAGGUACUGGGAGCCCAGUGUGCUUGGCACAGGUAAAGCAAGUGGAGCAGGGUGUCCAGACAGCUGCUGUGAGAGCCAGUGGGGCAUCCAGUGGCAAGCCUGAGCCUGCCCCCCUGCCCCAAGCCAAGUUUGCGAGGUAUGGCGUGCCAGGCCAGAUGGUGAAGAAGGACAUGCUCAUCUCACAGACUGGGGGGGCACAGAACAUUGGUGGUCUCCCACAGACCUUCCCACCAGAGCCAGGCUCGGAGCUGUACCGGGCAGUGCCAGUGGAGCUGAAGAGCCAGAGCCCUCUCCUUGCCCUGGGUGGCAAGAAGUCCCAGGUGAUGAUGGUGCAGAUGGAGGAGGCAGCUGGCCCAGUGACCAAAGUGCUGAAGGAGGAGCCACCACCCAAUGUGCUGGACCUCACAGGUGUGAAGCCAGAGAGCCAGGUGGCCUGCUGUGACGUGGUCUACAAGUUCCCCUUUGGUGGUAGCUGCACCGGCACUUUCAACCCCACCUCCAAAAUGCCAGAGAAGAAAGCCGGGGAGGCAGCAGCACCUGGCCGGAAACCCAGUGGGCCCCUCUACAGCAGCAGAGAGCCAGAGCUGCCAGAGACCUUCCCUUACCAGGAGCAGCCAGCCCCAGCACCCUCGCUCUAUGAGGAGCAGAAGUUUUACCCCACUGGCACCUUUGGCCGCCUCUACUCCUCCAUGUCAGACACAAACCUCUCUGAAAUUGGGAUGAGCUACUACCCCAUGAAGGGGGAUCAGCCCUUCCACUCCCCAGCGGGUGAUGCCGCCGUGGACCUCAGCACCAUGAAGCACUCCUACAGUGUGGGCUUUGCUGAGGGGGGUUACCUGGGCCAGGGACUGCAGUAUGGCUCCUUCUCUGACCUCCGCCAGCCAGCAGAGCUGCUGGGCCACCCACUCCCCAUGCGGAGGUACAGCUCAGUCUCCAACAUCUACUCUGACUACCGCUUCUCACCUCGAGGGGACCUGACCAGCUUCCAGGAGUCUAGCCUGGCCCACUACAGUGCCACCACAGCGCGUGAGAUCAGCCGCAUGUGUGCUGCCCUCAACUCUAUGGACCAGUACGGGGGCCGGCACACCAACGGUCCUGACCUGCUGUCCUACGGCCCCAGCUCCGGGCCAGGAGGUGCAGGGGGAGUGGCGGCUCAGCAGCAAGGCCCUGCCCCCCCCAAACCCAGUGGGAUGUACAACCCCACCUUCCCUGAGGGGCGGCAGGGCUUGGGCAGCCUAGCACAGUACAAUGUCCCCGGAGUCCGCCUGGGGACUGUCCGGCAGAUGUUCCCAUCCACCGCCACGGUGCGGGCCGCUGAUGGCAUGAUCUACUCCACCAUCAACACGCCCAUUGCUUCCACACUGCCCAUCACCACCCAGCCAGCCUCAGUGCUGCGGCCCAUGCUGCGCGGCCUCUACAGACCCUACGGUCCGGGUGGUGUGGCGGCCGUCCCACUGGCCAGCCUGGCCAGGCUGCCAGUUGUCACUCCCCGUGUCCCACUGGCAGCACAGGGCCUCUACCGCUACCCAGCCCCCGGCCGGCCAGCCCCAGCGGCCUCACUGAUGGAGACACCGGUCUACCUGGGCAAGGCCGUCAGCACGGCACCUGCAGCAGUGGGCACUGCUCCUGCUCCCAAAGCCUCUGCUACCCCCACUGCCCCCACAGGUGGCUUGCAGCGAGCGGAGCCAGCGGGAGCCGCUCCCCGAGCUGAGGGUCCGGCAGCACCGGCAGCACCAGCAGCCAGCAAGGAGGGUGGGCAGGCAGCCGUGGUGCCCAAGCCAGUGCCAGACGGGGCUCAGCGGGAGGAGCGGGAGCGGGAGGAGGAACGGCAGCGCAAGCAGCAGGAGCACGUGCUGCAGCUGGAGCGGGAGCGCGUGGAGCUGGAGAAGCUGCGGCAGCUGCGGCUGCAGGAGGAACUGGAGCGGGAGCGUGCAGAGCUGCAGCGGCACCGGGAGAAGGAGCAGCUGCUGGUGCAGCGGGAGCUGCAAGAGCUACAAUGCAUCAAGCAGCAGGUGCUGCAGCAGCAGCAGGAGGAGCGGCAUGCACAGCUGGCACUGCAGCGGGAGCAGCUUGCCCAGCAGCGCCUGCAGCUUGAGCACAUCCACCAACUCCAGCACCAGCUGCAGCAACAGCUGGAGGAGCAGAAGCGACAGAAGAGCACCUUCCCCGAGCCCACUGCCCAACCACCCGAGGGGCCUGCUGAGGUGCCACGGGGACCACCGCGCAAUGGGCAGGCCUGGCCCCCACAGAGCCAGGGACCGCCAGAGGGGCCUCCUGGCUCCCGGUACCCCACACCACAGCGUCCACUCAGCAGCUCAGCCUCCGACAUGUCACUGCAAGUUGAGGAGCCCUGGGAGCCCAGCCGAGGCAUCAAGAAGAGGAACUCGAUGCCACGGCUGCGGGACGCCUAUGAGAAGGAGGUGACGCGGGAGGCCAUUGCAGCAAGGAAGAUGGCAGACAGCAGCGUGCAGACGGAUGAGGAGGACGGUGAGGAGCGGUACCUGCUGUCGCGGCGGCGGCGGACGCGGCGCAGCGCUGACUGCAGCGUGCAGACAGAUGAGGAGGACAGCGGGGAGUGGGAGCAGCCCGUGCGCCGCCGGCGCUCUCGGCCCUCCCGGCACGCUGAGGCUGGCGCUGAAGGCAAGGCAGAGGGGACGGCCCGUGCCAUGGCCAGCGUGGGCAUCCAGACCAUCAGCGACUGCUCAGUGCAGACAGAGCCUGACCAGCUCCUCCGCGUGUCCCCUUCCAUCCACAUCACCACCCACGACCCCCGGGUGGAGAUCGUCAAGUACAUCUCAGCCCCAGAGAAGACGCAGAGGGGUGAGAGCUUGGCCUGCCAGACAGAGCCAGAGCCAGCCCCCCAGCCUGGUAUCGUGGUCCCCCAGCUGACAGUGCCCACCACCAUUACACCCUACUCCACCAACAUCCAGAUGGUGAGCACGGGCCCCCUGGACCCUCAUGCUGUCCGGCAGCAGACCCUGGGCAAGUUCGAGAAGAAGAAACCGGAUCCCCUGGAAAUUGGCUACCAGUCCCAUCUGCCAGCUGAGUCCCUCUCGCAGCUGGUGACCCGCCAGCCACCCCGCUCUCCCCAGGUCCUCUACUCACCCGUCUCUCCCCUCUCCCCCCAUCGCCUCUUGGAGUCCUCCUUUGCCACCAGCGAGCGGCUGAACAAGGCUCACGUCCCCCCACAGAAGCACUUCACCACAGACUCAGCCCAGCGCCAUCAGACACUGCCGCGCCCCAUCAAGACCAUGCAGCGCUCCCUCUCCGACCCCAAGCCCAUCAGCCCCACCGCUGAGGAGGCUGGCAAAGACAGGUUCUCCCUCUACCAGCACCCGCUGCUUCCCGGCACCCAGGUGGGGGCACUGCAGUCGAGCCCGCUGGCGCGCAAGGUAAAGCGGACACUGCCCAGCCCACCGCCUGAGGAACCCCACGUCCCCCUAGCCAGCCCAGCCACCUCCCAGCUCUACCUGAGCAGCCUGGCCACCAAGACCACCGCGCCAGUCACCAAGGCCAGCCUGCUGAAGGAGCUGGACCGUGACCUGAAGUUGGUGGAGCAUGAGGCCACCAAGCUGCGGAAGAAGCAGGCAGAGCUGGAUGAGGAGGAGAAGGAGAUCGAUGCCAAGUUGAAGUACCUGGAACUGGGCAUCACCCAGCGCAAGGAGUCACUGCUGAAGGAGCGGGGCCACCCCUACCUGCGCUGCCCUGGGGACCGCCGCGACUACCUGUCCGACAGCGAGCUGCACAGCCUGCGCCUCGCCACCUACGAGGGAGCUGGCCUGCACCCCACGCCUGCUGGGCAGUACCCUGACUUUGCCACUGCCACCGCCGCCUCCUACGGCGCCUACCCCUACCCAGCCCCACCGGGCCCCACCGCCUUCCCACCAGCACGCCUGCAGCCCCCCCAGUACCCUGCAGCCAGCACGACUCAGGAUGGCUUGCCGGCAGCCCCGCUGUCUGCCUUCACCUCACCUGGCACCUUCGCAGCCCCCAGCACUGCAUACCCGGACCUGGGCACCCCAGGCCAGCCAGGCUUCCGGCCCCAAAACCCCUACCAAGCCCCCAUUACCUUCACUGGGGUGGCCAGUGUGCCAGCAGCACAGCCCACCCUCUUCCAGACCCCAGCAGACGUAGCUGGCGGGCACCAGAAGCCACGGCAGACCUCGCUGGCUGACCUGGAGCAGAAGAUCCCCACCAACUACGAGGUCAUCAGUUCAGCCACCAGCUCCUCCACCAUUCCUGAUGUCACCUUCAGUGCCACAACAGCAACCAGUGGCUACGAGCAGUACAAGGCGCCCGAGGCCCGGCCAGCCGAGAGAGCCGGUGCAGCACAGGGCCCCUCAGCUAGCUUCUCCUCCGAGUCCCUCUACACCAACCUGGAGCAGAACAUCCCCCGUAACUACGUGAUGAUUGAGGACAUCAGCGAGCUCACCAAGGAGAGCCCGGUAGUGGAGGGGCAGAAAUCGGAGCCGGCAGGCACAGGCACUGACAUUCGCCACGGCAGAGAGAAAAGCGACCUGGGGGAUGCUGAGGGCUCCAGCAGGCCCUGCUGCUACACCAAAGCUGAGGAGGAGUCUGAGGAAGACAUCUAUGACCACCAUGGCUCUGACUAUCGAGGAAAGAACAGCUACCACCGGGGCAUGGAAAGCAAUGGCAGGGUGUCAGGGAGCUCCACCGGCUCAUCCUACUACUAUGGGGAUAGUGACUACCGGCACUCCUCACGGGCAGACAAGCAUGGCUCUGGCGUGGCACUGCCAAAGCAUUCCUCCAAGAAUCUGGCACCUGCCGUUGUCUCCUCAAAGCGCAGCAAGCACAGGAAGCAGGGCAUGGAGCAGAAGAUCUCCAAGUUCUCCCCAAUUGAAGAAGCCAAAGAUGUGGAGUCGGACCUGGCCUCCUAUGCAGUGACAACCUCAGUUGGCAGCAGCAAUGUGGCUUCCAGGGCCAAGAAGCUGCAGGAUGAGAUCACGUAUGGCCUGAAGAAGAAUGUCUACGAGCAGCAGAAGUACUAUGGUGUUUCCAGCCGGGAUCUGGUGGACGAGGAAGAGCGGGUCUACUCCACAAGCAGCAGGACCCGCUCCUCUGUCUAUGGGGUGGAAAAGUCCUCUGGCCGGGAGGUGGGCGGCCGGAGCAAGUCCUACGAGCGGGAGGUUAUAGAGCGCUCCCAGAAAGGCAGUUCCAAGCCCUCAUCCCUUGGCAUGAGCCAGAGCCGUGGGCGAGCUCCCAUCCGCACACAGCCCUCGGAGGAGGAGAGCCCUGUCAGCCCCCUGGGGAAGGUGGUGGGAGGGACGCGCGCUGUGGGGGGGCCUGGCCCUCAGUCGGCGGGGGACCCCUGCUCACAGUUCUGCUCCAGCCACUCGUUGCCUGAUGUGCAAGAGCACAUCAAAGACGUGCCAAGGAGUCACUCGUACAAGCACGAGGAGGGCUACGGCAUGGACGAUGCCCAUUGCGUUGUCUCGGACAGUGAAGCCUAUCAUUUGGGUCAGGAGGAGACAGACUGGUUUGAUAAGCCCAGGGAGGCACGGGCGGAGAGGGUCAGGCACUACGGUGGCCACUCUUCCUCGCAGAAGAGACCCCCAGUUAAGCACACCUAUCAUGACUACGACGAGCCCCCCGAUGAGGACCCGUGGCAGCACGAUGACUACCCCCAGCACCGCGAGCACCGGCACCACGGGGAGUAUGGGCGCCACACUGGCACCUCCCGGCACGCUGGUGACGAGCCCCCACGUCGCUCAUCCAAGCAGCACCCACGGGAGUCCAGCCGCCACGAGUCCCGCAGCCAUGGGCCACCGGCCACUUCCAAAAAGGCACAACAGCCCGAGCCCCGAGCACCCUAUGGACCCAGCUCCUCGGAAUACACCCCAUCGUCCCGCUCCGCUGCUCACCACCAUGGUGCUGAGCCCCCCAAGACACAGAAGCCCACCCAGCCUCAUGGGUCGGCCACCCCUGCGCCGAAGCCAGAGCCCCUUGCACACCCGCAGCAGCCGGCAGGCAGGCAGCAGCAGGCAGGGCAGCAGGCAGCGCGGCAGCAGCCGGCAGCACGGCAGACUGUGCAGCCGGCGGGCUCAGCACAGCCUGAGGCCAGGGGCAGGGCACAGGGACCCCCAUCGUCCCGGCCACCACAGCAGCAGCCAGGGCCAGCUCAGGCAGCAGGGAAGGCACCGGCCAUGCACCAUGCGCAGCCAGGCGGGCACCCAACACCGGUGCCAAAAGCAGAGCAGACGGACACACCCAAACCCACAGUGAAAGUGCCACAGCAGCCGGGGAGAGCGCCAUCGGCACAGCCUCUGGGAGCAGCAGCAGACAGCAAGGCUGGUCCAAAAGUGGCUGGGCCGCGUGGUCCUGCUGGCCCAGCCACAGGACAGCCCGGAGCAGAAGGAGAGAGUGUUUUCUCCAAAAUCCUGCCGGGGGGGGCAGCGGAACAAGCAGGCAAACUGACUGAAGCGGUGUCGGCUUUUGGCAAGAAGUUCACUUCGUUCUGGUGAGAGAACGGCACAAGGAGUUUGGGAAGCGAAUGGAGAUUGAGUUGUUGCAGUGGAAAAACCUAUGAAGAACCCAGUGAAUUUAGCACACGGCGCUGGACUCUGGGUAUAACGCUUUUGAAAGUAGGGCGAUCCCUGGAUGCUGGACCAAACAGCGGCCGAGCGGGGCCCAGCGGAUGCCCUGGGGUGGACGAGCAGCUCCAGCAUGGCAGGCGGCAAGCCCUGGCACUGGAUGGGCAGACGGACCCUCUGCCCCUGUGGCUGCCCCAAGUGAAUGGGCCUGAUCCAGACCAUUGGGUCAGGCCCCGUAGGUGGGCCAUGGCCCUUUCUUAAGAUUAUACGCAGAGUUGCUCCCUCUGAACCCCAGCUCUAGCCUCUUCAUAGGUUUUUCCCCUCACAAGCCGAGGGCUGGGCGCUGUGGGCGCCGCUUCCUCCUUCCCAACCCUGCCUGCCCCACUGGGGUCAUCCCCGCACCCCUGCACUGCGGCCUGCUCCUGGCCCCACUGGGGAGCCCCCGCAGCGCCUCAGCUAGGACCUAACACUGUUUUCACUACCGAACUACGAGGCCAUAGGACUCUGACAGGCAGCGCGGCGUCCCGGCACGUGGCGCCGCCCCGAAGCCAUUGGAAGCAUCGACAGGGCCGCGCUGGCCCUCGCCACACAGCCAGCGCACCCGCCGCCGGGCACCCCUUUUCUUUCAAGAACAGCCUUAAUCAUCCCACUUUGAUUUCUGUGUAUACCUCAUCCACACCAGGGGGGGGCACGGGGCAUCGUCAGGGGGGAGGAGUGUCCUUUUUUCUCAGUUUCUCUGGGUUCAUUUUAUUUUGAGUUGGGGUUUUUGGUUUUGGGUUUUUUUUAAACUUUAUACCAAAUCCUCUUCCCUCUUUGCUUUGUGCGAUGAGUUAGCACACGGGCUGUCGUCUGUAGAAGCAAUAGAGUGCAGGAGGCUACAAAAGAGCACAAAUCCCAUGGAACAAGAUCAGGAGAGCUUUGCCUCUGGCAGUAUCCUUCCUCUUACUGUGCAAUCCAAGUCCUUCUCAAGCCAUUUCGUGGGGACACGGGGACGGCUGGCGUGGCAGCUGGUGGCCAAAGCCCGCUCGCCCUGCCAGGAGGGGAUUCCCGGGGAGGGGGAGGCAGACCAAGGAGGGGGCUUGCCAGCAUACGGCCCACACCCCGCCGCCUCCCCACACCGGUGGCACCCCCCCAGUGUCCCCCGCGGCAGGCGGCAGCCGCCCUCUCGCCCGCCUGAUGUUCUAUGCAACGAAAUAACACGACUCCAGAACAAGACCUGUGAAUAGCUACUCGGUUCAAUGUUGCACCUAAGGGUUUCAUCGCAAUGCCUGCCGCCGAGCGACCCCGUAAUUCCUCUUUAUCGACCACCCGUGCGUAUGAAUUCAUGGCAUGUUCGACCCACGGAGGGCCACUUUGCCAAAGGGCAGCCCUAGCGCCCAUGACCAUCUGUCUCGUCGUAGAGCAUGGCUUGCUACUUCUCUGCACGGUUCCACCCACCUUUCAGUGCUUGCCGUUCUUUGCCUGGACUUUCUUUUUUUCUUUUCCAUCGGUCCAUUGCUGUACUGAAAGCUCUGAGCAGAUUUAUGCACUUGUUAUUGGGGACCUGGUCACCGUGGGACACCUAUGCCCCAUGGCAGGUCCCUCACCAGGGGCUCUGCCUGUGCCCAAGGCUGGGGGAGAGGCCGACAGCUGUGGGACAGGGGGAAACGCAGCACAGAGGAGACCCCUGGCCCUACGCACACCUGCUCCCUCUCCCUGCCGAUGACAAGUGCGUAGCCUGAGGGUGCCUCCUCCCGGCCCCCGCCGCUCCUUGUGCUGUAAAUACUUGUACAGUGUGUAAAUCACAUGCGGGAUCAAGACCUCCGCCAGGGCCUGUCUCGCCACCCGAGCACAUUUGCCACCUCGCCUUCGCACCCCCAGGGAUGUGUAGCCCACCCCGCCAGGGCCCCACCCAAACCGCACCAGUCUGCCGGGAGGGGUGGGGGGACAGUGGGUGCGGAGACGAAGGGCUGAGCGCGGCCAGGCGCCAUUUCCAGCGGUCAGUGCGGU